AUGACCCAACGAGCCAACCCUAAGACCGGCUGCCUCACGGCGGUUGUCCGCCGUCUUCUAUGCUCCGGCAGCCAACAAACCCACCCCGCCGAUAACAUCCUCGACGCCGACGAAACACUUCAAUUACUAUCCCCUUACGACGACAUCGAAGAGCCAAAGAAAGAGAUCAAAACGGAAACGGAAACCGAAACCCAAAACGACGACGUCUCUCUUCACCCUCCUCCUCCAAACGUUGUAGCCAAACUCAUGGGUCUAGAUAACCCCGCACCGGGAUCAAACCGGUUUAGGUACUUCGAUGAUACCCGUUCGGCUGUCACACGGAGCAAAUCGGUUAACUUCAUGGACUACAUACUAAGAGUCAAGGAGGAAGAAGAGGAAGAAGAAGAAGACGAGAAAGACGGUCAACGCAGGUGCCGGAGAGUCAAAGCGUCGGUUUCUUUCCGGGAGAUAGUCCCAACCUCGGCGAGAUGGAGCUCGAAUCAACAACAGAAGAAACACGAUUUCUUGCUGCUGUAUCUCGACAAGCUCGACGAGAAGAGGGAACUCGUAGGAUCAUCGUCUUCUUCGAGGUCUAGGAGGUUCGAGAAGGUGCUAGAAGAUUCCAAGAAGCCGCCAUUGCCACCUCCGGAGAAGAAGAAGAAGAAGGAGAACGAGAAAGUGGCGAAGAAGUUUAAAGACGAGCCUAGAAAAGUUGCGAAGAAGAAGAGUGAGAAUCGAAAUGACGUUAACGGGGCUAAGAAAGUUCGUUGGUUUCUUUCUCCGUCUAAGAGUAAGUCGUCCGAGAAGAUAGCGCUUCUGGCUGAUGAGUUUACCGGAAAAGAGAGCGAAUCGCCGGAGAGUAAGUCGAAUGCGAGUCCGGUUUCGGUUCUUGAUCGAGAUCUUUAUGAUUAUCUAAUCCUUGAUGAUGACUACUACUUCUCAGGAGAUUCAGAAAGUGCAUCGGAGUUGUCAACAAAACAAGUAGAGACGACUGCAAAAUCUUCAUGUUCUUCAUCACCAGCAAGAACGAGAACAAGUACCAAGAAAGAAAACAACAAUAACACCAGCAGUGAUUCUGAAGAGACAGAGUUUAUCACAAAGCUAAUGAAUAUGCUCUCAGAUUUGUCCGAGGAAGACAUGAAGUCUUCAACUUGGGUUUCUACUUCGUCAACUAAACCCGUUGACUUUACUCAGGUCGAAGAUUUUUGUGUUGAAUUUGGUCAAGAGAUUCUUGACCUUGUUAUGGACCAGUUAGUUGAUGAACUCUGUUUCUAG